AUGAGUAGUGCAGCGCAUAUUGCUCUGCUUGUUAUCAUAUUCAGCCUGCUCUUCGGCGGGAUAUGUUGCCUUGAUGACGUGGCACUUAGCCCAAUAAGUGAAACUGCCUCUCCGGCGCGUUACCUUGCUCCAGGCGAAGGCACCCCUUCGUACGCUCCCACUCCUGGAAUCUUUAGCCGCGAUGGCACGCCAUCUGGAUACAGCCCGUCCCCUAGUCGUGGACGUCGAAGCUCCACCCCCUUGCGUCAUUCGCCGCUUCAAGACUACAUUCGAGACACGGAGUGGGAUAUUGCAGGAAUAGAUGGCGGCGAACAAUAUUUAAUGGUCCGAUAUUCGAUUGAAUGGAGAGUAACUCUCAACAAUCGCGUGGUAGCGAAGGACACGGAACAAGAUCUGGGUUUGGAUCCCCACUCCUACUGGUCAGGAAUAAAGCAGAAAGCGGAAGAUCUACUACGUCGGAAGAUAGCUCGUAACCGACGGGUGAGACUAGACGACACUACAGUAGUGGUCUCUGUAAAUGAUCGCUCACAGCGCGAUCUCGUCAAGCGCUUUGAGAAAACUGAUGUUGACUGGACAGCUAUCCAAAAGCAGCUCACGAUAUGGGAAAAUCUAUUUCAGCAAGGCAAAAGGCUUAGGCUCUGUAUCUCGAUUAAUUAUCUAGAUUCCGAGCAGCCUUCGAAUGGCGCUGACAAAAGAGGACAAACCUCAGUGACCAGAAGAAUGCUCCAUGCACGAGACGCUGAGAUUGACGCGGAACAGGUUUCGGGGCAGCCCUCGGCCUGGCGGGACGUGUACAGAGUAAUGCGCUGUCCUGGCUCUCCGUGCCGCCUCGAAUCGCAAUAUUGCUGGCAGGACCCUGUCGGGAAAAAGCAUUAUAGAUUGCGCACACACCAUUUGAGGAAGCUGGUUAGGUAUGUGGAGCAGGAGGGGGGUGUCAUUGAAUCCCACGAUGAUGUGCCCGACAACAUCCGUGGGCAGUUAUAUGCCGAGGAGCAGCAGCGGCUGGAACAACGACAGAAGGUCCCUGGGCAUCCUGCAAGUGGAUCCCCAUUUCCAAUCAAUAUCAAUGUCCUCCCCACGCCACCGCCUCGGUCGAUGACUAUAUCCCCACCUGCUGCUGCGGAACCACCGGCACUCAGUUCCUCACCGCCUAGUAGUUCUAUCAAUGUCCCCGGUCCGUUGGAAGUAGCAGUAGAGAACUACGCUGCAUGGCAACUCUCGCGAGUGAAUACUGAAAGCUUCAAGGACAAUAUUAUUAAGGCACGUGAUAUAGCCUUGAACAAUUGCCUUGAUUUGAAGCAGAUUUACCAAGAUCAAGACCCUGGCUUUUUCAUCAACCAAGGCGUGAAACUCGGGGCUGCACGCCGGUUUGUCACUGAAAUCAAUGACUGGGUGCAGGAGAUGCAAUUGUGA